CGAACCAAUUACUUCACAUUGAACCGAACCGGUAGUUUCAACUAAACCGGUCUCAUUUGAUUUCCGCAUCUGGGUCCAAUCCAACUAAGAUCCGUCGGUGGAGAGAGAUUUAAACGGCUUGUGAUUUCUUUAAAUCGCCUCUUACCAUUUGUUUCCUCGUCCUCUUUGGCUAAGAAGCUAAAAUCAUGGCUACUCCCUCGAAGCUACUCGUGAUCUGCAUCGUUUCUUGCUUGUUUGCUCUCUCGCAAGCGAAAACCCUUAAGCGAGAUGUGAAAGCGCUAAAUGAGAUCAAAUCCUCGCUCGGAUGGAGAGUUGUCUACUCAUGGAUCGGAGAUGAUCCCUGUGGAGAUGGCGACCUCCCGCCAUGGUCUGGUGUCACUUGUUCAACUCAAGGUGACUAUAGGGUUGUUACCGAACUCGAAGUUUAUGCUGUUUCAAUUGUUGGGCCGUUUCCCGUUGCGGUAACAAACCUUUUGGAUUUGACAAGGCUGGAUCUCCAUAACAACAAACUGACCGGUCCGAUUCCUCCACAAAUUGGACGGCUAAAACGACUUAAAGUAUUAAACUUGAGGUGGAACAAACUACAAGACCUAAUCCCUCCUGAAAUCGGUGAGCUGAAGAGGCUAACGCAUUUGUACUUGAGCUUCAACAACUUUAAGGGAGAAAUCCCAAAGGAGCUGGCUAACCUACCCGAGCUCCGUUAUCUUUAUCUUCAAGAAAACCGUCUCAGUGGCAGAAUUCCUCCAGAAUUGGGGACUUUGCAAAAUCUCAGACACCUAGACGUCGGUAACAACCAUUUGGUGGGUACCAUAAGAGAGCUCAUCCGAUUCGAAGGAAGCUUUCCGGCUCUGCGCAACUUGUAUAUGAAUAGCAACUACUUGAGUGGAGGUGUCCCGGCACAACUGGCCAAUCUGACAAACUUGGAGAUAGUGUACUUGUCCUACAACAGGUUCAUCGGCAAUAUACCAUCUGCAGUUGCCCAUAUUCCGAAACUGACAUACCUGUAUCUUGAUCACAACCAAUUCACUGGGAGAAUCCCGGACGCGUUCUACAAGCAUCCAUUCCUCAAAGAAUUGUAUAUAGAAGGCAACAUGUUCAAACCAGGCGUGAAUCCUAUCGGCGCGCACAAAGUUCUAGAGGUUUCCGACGCCGAUUUUGUCGUGUAGCGAAGUGAUGGAGCUCCAACGUUUUGGGAAUGGAACUACUUAGGAAUGAAUGUUUCGGCGCUUCAUCCACUGCUGUAGUGCUAUUAUUGGGCAAUUUUGGGAAGAUAUCACAGAAAUUCCUCGCUCGUAUUGUAAUUUAUUCUAAUCAUCCAAUUAUACAAACGACAAAAAAUGCUUUCUUUUUUUUUUAAAUAAUAAUAUGGCAAAUAAUUUGUAUGGGGAACUUGUAAGAUACACGCUAGUGAAACUCGAAGUCACCCUCCACCAUGAUA